AUGUGCAUCUUUUCGGCAUGUGGGCAGGUCGUAUUCGGCUCUAUAAUGGUAUUGUGCCUCAUUCUGACAGCAGUAGCAGCUUUUGAUGGAAAGCUCGUACCAUGGAAUUGUCUGACUGACGAAGAUGUGUGCAAUCCAUGGGAAAAAGCACAAAAAGACUUUCUUAUAGCGGUGGCCGUUUUGCUUUGCCUGGCCAUUUUGUUUCAGCUUUCAUCGCUUGCAUGGAAUAUCUUCACAUUUUGGGCCUGCUGCUGUAAAAAGUACGUUAUCCACCCAUUGAUGGGAUUAUCGCUACUUGUCGCCAUAUUCCUGCUCGCUGCUGUUAUCGUCUAUGUGGUGAUGACACAAGACGAAGCCCGUGGUCUUAUCACCUAUCGGCAUCAUGCAUAUGGUUACACUUUCUGGUUGGCAGUAGCCGCUUUGAUUUUAGCUUUAAUCGAUACGGUGGUCGCAGGAGUAACGGUGUGUGUAGGAGAGCAAGGGCUCUAA